AUGUGUGACUUAUUCUCAAAAUUAUACAUUUUAAUUAUUUAUUGUAUAUUUUUCUUAACAUCAACCGCACAAGAUCAAAAAUGUGGUCAUCCUUUAGGCUCGAAUUUCACAAUUCUAAAUGAACGGAUAGUAGGUGGAUAUGACGUUGGAUACUAUCGAUAUCCGUGGUACGCAGCACUAAUGCAAGACAAUCAAGUUACAUGCGGAGGAGCCUUGAUUGGUCCAAAAACUGUGAUAACUGCUGCUCAUUGUUACAAGGAGUAUUUGUCGCAAGUAAGUUCUGGAAUAAAACUGGAACACAUUUACACGGUACGUUUAGGAAUGUAUAACAUUUGCACUACCGAGCCUAGAAUUACAGAAUUUAAAGUGCAAAAAGUGCAAGUUCAUGAAUUGUAUCAGACCAAAAAGCCUUAUUUUGAUAUUUGUCUAUUAACCUUAGCUAACAGUACUGAUACUUUUGAGCCUUUAUGUUUACCAAAAGAUGUUGUAACCACAAGGCCCAGAGAAGCUUCAGUACCAGGCAUGGGUACUUUAAAAUACCAGGGAGGCAUGCCUUGUACCUUACAUGAGGCUAGGAUAUUAAUUUAUCCUGAUUCUACUUGUGGACAAAUGAUAAAUAGUACAGGCAAUAAACCAGAUGAUAUAAAAAAUGCCUUUUGCGCUGGAUAUUUGGCUGGAGGAAUUGAUACAUGUCAAGGUGAUAGUGGGGGUCCUCUGCAAAUUGUAGAUGAAAAUGGUAGAUAUAUUUUGCUAGGUAUUGUUUCUUUUGGAUUUCGUUGCGCAGUACCCGGAUACUUAGGAAUGUACACCGACGUUUCUCAAUUCAUAAAAUGGAUCAAAAAUAGAACUGACUCAACUGAUAUUUCAUUUGUUAAUUCAGUGGCAAAUAAUUCUCAGGAAUCUGGCUCAGAUGGACACAAAAAAAAGAAAAAGCAUUCGAACCACGAACAUUCAAAUAAAACUCCGUUAAGGAUUAUUAUUCUUCGUAAUAAGAAGCAUAAUGGGAAUGCUUUUAAGAAUAGGAAACGCUUAAAUUAA